UUUAAUAAACUCAAAAUGUAGUGUCUUAGCCCUAAGCUUAUCCCCGUCUUAAUAUUGAUUCCUGCAUGGUGGAGAGGUCGGUAGAGGCAGAAGUCCAAAAUGAGAGUAAUUAGUGAUGAUAAUUAAUUACUCGCAGCAGAAGGUCAUACAUAUUUUAUCUAAAACCACUAAACCAGGCUCUCCUGACUGGCUGUCGUCGUCAAGCGAGAGAUCAGAAGUGUCCAUUAACACCAUCACGUGGGGGAGUCCCAACUUCAGUUCUUCAUCUUGAAUUCCUCUGUGACUACAUUUUGAAGCUGAAAAUGGAAAUUGGGUUUGGACGCUGCUUUGCUUUUCUUCCCUUCUCCAUUUUCCGGGACACUUUUUUCAAAUUGGCCUCGGUAGUGUCCCCAUCCUUCUCUGGUUCUCCACUCUCUUUUUCUGGCUUCUCUUUACCAAUAAACACCCUAAUAAUCCCAAAAAAAAAAAAAAGACAAAAAGAAACAUGUCGGGAGGCGAAGCUAUUCCAGACAACCCGCCGGCAGACAGAGAGCCGCCGAGUGAGAUGGAAUCCGGCCGCCGCCUCCACCGGCUCCCUGGCCAUGGCGGGCGUCACGACUUGAUCAAGGUCCGUCGUUUCGUCUUACAGUGGUUUCAGGAUGGAGUGGGUUGGGGGCUGACGGCGCGGCUCGCGUUCCAGAGCUUGGGAGUGGUUUACGGCGACAUCGGGACGUCGCCGAUGUACCUCUACGCGAGCACGUUCAGCGACGGGAUAAAGCACGACGACGACGUCCUCGGCGUUCUGUCGCUCAUACUGUACACCCUCACCUUGAUCCCGCUUGUCAAAUAUGGCUUCGUCGUCUUACGCGCCACUCAUAAUGGAGAGGGCGGGACGUUUGCAUUAUACUCGCUCAUAUGCAAACACGCGAGGGUGGGGCUGCACGGUCAACCAACAAUAGAGGAUGACGACGAAGACGAAGACGAGGACCAGAAAAAUGAGGUGUCGAAGGAUGCUCGAGAAAUGGCUUCGAGGCUCAAGUCGAAGUUAGAAGACAGUGAAUUCGCAAAGUACGCGCUUCUCGUCGCAUCGAUGUUUUGUGCUGCCAUGGUCAUCGGAGACGGAGUUCUCACUCCUUGCAUCUCAGUUUUGUCAGCGGUGGGAGGUAUCAAGCAGACUAUAGAAUCCAUGACGCAAGGGUUGGUGGUGGGUAUCUCGAUAGCCAUACUGAUGGGUUUGUUCGCGGCCCAGAGAUUGGGCACCGAGAGGGUGGGUAGCUGUUUCGCGCCAGUAAUGUGCGUGUGGUUCGUAAUUAACGGUGGGAUCGGCCUCUACAACCUCCUGAAGUACGAUCCAUCGGUCGUCAGAGCUCUGGAUCCGAGGUACAUCGUCCGAUACUUCAACAGGAACGGGAAGGAGGCGUGGAUCUCCCUCGGCGGUGUGGUCCUCGCCACCACGGGCAGCGAGGCGAUGUUCGCCGACGUCGGCCACUUCUCGGUUCGGGCCGUGCAGCUGAGCAUGUGCGUCGUCGUGUACCCCGCCCUCGUCCUCGCCUACGUGGGGCAAGCCGCCUUCCUGACCAAGAACCCUCACUUGGUGGUUGACGCCUUCUUCAAAUCCAUCCCUGGGACACUUUACUGGCCAGUGUUCGUGGUGGCCAUUCUGGCGUCAGUGAUAGCUAGCCAGGCGCUGAUUUCAGGGACGUUCUCCAUCGUCCAGCAGUCUCACUCGAUGGGCUGCUUCCCUCCGGUGACGAUCGUGCACACUUCGUCAAAGUCCCCCGGCCAGAUCUACGUGCCGGAGGUGAACUGGCUGCUGAUGGUGGCCUGUGUCGCCGUCACGGUUAGCUUCCAAACCACCGCCGGGAUUUGCAACGCAUACGGGAUGGCAGUGGUGCUGGUGAUGGUUCUCACCACCUCCUUCCUAGUACUGAUCAUGGUGAUGAUCUGGAAGGUAAACUUGCUGCUCGUCGUCUCCUUCGUGGCCACCAUCGGUACAACGGAGCUAGCCUACUUAACCUCCGUCCUUUACAAGUUCCCACAAGGAGGCUACCUUCCGUUGACUUUCGCCGGCGUCUUGAUGCUAAUCAUGUACACGUGGAGCGACGUCCAGAGGAGGAGACACCACUACGAGCUCCACCACCGGAUCUCACCUGACGAGGACUCGAUCGGCGCCGGAGCCACCACCCACCACAGCUUGAGCAGGCUCCCAGGGAUCGCCGUUUUCCACUCCGACGGCGAUCCGGCGCCUCUCCACGGGAUCCCGCCGGUUUUCAAGCACUACGUGGCCAACAUCCCGGCCCUACACUCGGUCGUGGUCCUCGUCUCGAUCAGGACCGUCCACGUGGCCAGGGUUCGGAUCGAGGAGAGGAUGACGUUCAGCUGCGUGGGCCCCCCAGAGAUGAGGAUGUACCGUUGCGUGGCGAGGUAUGGGUAUGAGGACGGGAAGAGGAGGAGGAGUGGGGAGAGUGGACACGUGGCGUUCGAGGAGAUGAUGGUGAAGGUUCUGAUGGAGUUCGUGAGAGCGAACGUGGUAGGGCUCGAGUUGGUGGAAGAGAUGAAGCAGAUUGAGCGAGCUUGGGACGAUGGGGUGGUCCACUUGAUUGGAGAGUAUGAGAUGAUUGCUGGGGAAGGAUGCGGGUUUUGGAAGAGAUUAUUAGUCGAUUGGGGUUACGGUCUUUUGAGAAAGAUCGUGUGGCGGCGGAGCGGUCCGAGGAUGUUUGAUCUGCCCUGUAGUAGGACAGUGAGAGUUGGGAUGACUUACCAGCUCUAGUACUUGAUCUUUAAUUAGAAGAACAAAGAACCUAAUUAAGUUUACCUACCUUUAUGUAAAGGGUCUCUAUUUUCUUUGUUUGUAAUGGUAAAAAUGCUAGCUAUGUAUGGUUUGGUUUAGUUUAGUUUAGUGGGUCUUGUUGUGGGCUCCAGAAUUGUUUGGGCUACUUGGAAAUUAACCCACAAUAAUUUGGUCUGCAAGCCCAAGAAAUGUUUGGACCUUUGGCAGUGAAAAAAAGAUAAACAAAGUCCAGGAGUGACCGCAUGCCCAAGCCUACACAUACUGGUGUUUAGAUGGCGGCUUUUUUUUUUUUUUUGGGUGAUAUGAUGGCGGCUUUCUCUAUUGUACUAAUGUAAUUAUUAUUAUUAGCUUAUUAACAUGUGAGUGGCGGCUUUCUUACUGACGAAAUUAUCAGAAAUAAGAAAAUCUGAAAAAAUUGUAUAUUGAAAAAUAAUUUAAGUAGAUCAAAGAUCCGAGAAGUGGAUUAGUAGAUUCAUCGUGGUUUGCACAUGAUUUAGCUACUUAAUUUGAAUAUAUUAUCAACAUCAGACGCAUAAAAAUUAAUAUGGAAGUACUUAUGCAGAUGGUUAGAGACUGAAUUUGAAUUUAUUUAUUAAAAUUUUAUUAAGAUAUGCUCAACAAAGAGAUAGUAUGGCAUAUAAUAUAUUAGUUGAUUUUUUAUUAUCAUAAAUAGAUCUAACUUUUUCUCGUUCAAGUUUGGCACUAUCCUUUUGUUCUACAUAUCCCAAUUGAAGUUGAAGUGAAUACCCUUUGAAAUGUAUUCAGUUAGAUCAAGACGAUGAAUCCAAGAUUCAUGUCCAAUCGGAUUGUCAGGUUCUCGUAUGUUCAAUCACCGACGUUUCAUCUGCGUAGUAGUUAUGAAGAUGUGUAACAUGGGUUGGUUCGAUAACCGAGUUGCUCGCUUAUUUAGCUAGAUCUGAAUCCUCGGAUUUCUGGAAGAAGAAAAAAACAUAAAAUCUUCAAAUAUGUAUGAAGCCAACUUGCUAGUGCAUGUUCUUUUCGUGUUGAGGAACACGUGUCGUGUAACCUGCUUCCCUUUUUUCCCCCUGCACGUAGUGGAGAUAUAACCACUGCUUUUAUAUAAUCGUCGUACUACUCGUCUAUGUAAAACGUGUUGAAGUUGUUUGAAUAUUCAUCGAUAAAAACAACAAACAAAAAGGAAUGGUUCAAUAUUAUUUAUACGGUAACGACGAGAAAGGUUGUGGAAGACGACAAAGAUGGAGUCGUUGAAGCUCCCUUGCCUUGACUUUUGUCUCACAAUUUCCCCCACCCUACCUACCAGCGGCCCGUUAAGUGACAGAGUCGAGCCGUCGAUCGAGAUGGUUACUGAUAAACUUUUUGGAUUCCAAAUUGUACGAUCCAAAACCAACUCAAAGCUUUGUAAUUUUCACGUCAACUGGGUGCUUUAAUUUCAGAACAUUACGCUUUUUUCUUUAUCAUCCUCAUGUAAGUGAAUAAUUUGUAUUCAUUCAUGAGUUAUUUACAUUUCUUUUGAGUGGGAUUUUACGAAGUGUUUUUUUUUUGUUUUUACGGUACACAUUGAUCUUGUAUUUUGAACGUAAUGGUACAAUUUAUGGUUGUACCUAUACUAUUUCGUACAAAUCAUAUUACGGUACUGAAUUUUUUGUAUAGUUAUAUCUUGGUACAACUUCAAAUUUUAACAAAAUAUGUGAAGUUAUACAUUUUACUUUAUAGUUAAGCCUCUCGAAAUCGUGCAAGAAUCCUCGAAAGUCAAAUUUUCACAUAAUCUAGAACGCGACUUUAUUAUGAGUAUACUAUGAAUAACCUGCAGAAAUCGAUUUGGACCAAUCUGAAGGCUGCGUGAAUAUACUUUCCAACUCUUUUCUUUCUGGAAUAUUCUGUUUUAUUCUUGUCUGGAGUUUAUCUAUAGUCUAUACAUACACCUCGAUAUCUACCUACGUGAAUAUAUAGUGCAUCCACAACAAAUACAUUUGUUGUAU